AUGGCGUGCUGUUCAUGGAUCGCCUCACAACGCAGCAGCCUGGUGCAGCAGCCAGCCGGCCCGCAGCAACGCAGCAGACGCAGGCGAGGCUUGGCAGCCAGGGCCGGCCUGCUGGACACGCUUAUCAAGCCGAUCACCAGCAGCGGGGAGCGCAAGCCGCUCAAAGAAGGCAUCGCCAACUUUUACGACGAGUCCAGCCAGCUGUGGGAGUCGAUGUGGGGGGAGCACAUGCACCAUGGCUACUACCCCAAAGGCGGCGCCCCCAAGAGCAACCAGCAGGCGCAGCUGGACAUGAUUGAGGAGAGCCUGCGAUGGGCGGGGGCCGAGGGCGCCACCAAGAUGGUGGACGUGGGGUGCGGCAUCGGCGGCAGCAGCCGCCACAUCGCGCGCAAGUUUGGGUGCGAGUCGCGCGGCAUCACGCUGAGCCCCGUGCAGGCUGCGCGCGCCAACGAGAUCAGCAGGCAGCAAGGCUUUGGCGACCGGCUGUCUUUCCAGGUGGCGGACGCGCUGGACCAGCCCUUUCCUGACGGCGAGUUUGAUCUGGUGUGGAGCAUGGAGAGCGGGGAGCACAUGCCUGACAAGCCCAGGUUUGUUGGAGAGCUGGCGCGGGUGUGCGCCCCCGGCGGCCGCAUCAUUGUGGUGACGUGGUGCCACAGGGUGCUGGCCCCCGGCGAGGCGGGGCUGUCGGGAGACGAGCAGGCGCUGCUGGACCGCAUCUGUGAAGCCUACUACCUCCCCGCCUGGUGCUCCGUGGCAGACUAUGAGCAGCUGUUCCGGGAGCAGGGGCUGACGGACAUCAGGACGACCGACUGGUCGGAGGAGGUGGCUCCGUUCUGGGGGGAGGUCAUCAAGAGCGCCUUCAGCGCGGAGGGGGUCAGCGGGCUGCUCAAGGCGGGGUGGACCACCAUCAAGGGCGCCCUGGUCAUGCCCCUGAUGGCCCAGGGCUUCCGCAUGGGCCUGGUCAAGUUUGUGCUGAUCACCGGGCGCAAGCCCGAGUAG